AUGCUGUGUGCAAUCUCCGGAGAGGCACCCCAAGUGCCCGUUGUCUCUCGCAAGAGCGGCAGUAUUUUCGAAAAGCGCUUGGUUGAGGCGUACAUCUCCGAGCAUGGCAAAGACCCUGUGAACGGCGAAGACCUCACGACCGACGAUCUCAUCGAUAUCAAUUCUCAGCGCGUCGUUCGGCCCCGACCUCCCACUCUCACAUCCAUUCCUUCCAUUCUCAGCAUUUUCCAAGAAGAAUGGGAUGCUCUGGCUCUCGAAUCAUACACCCUCCAGCAGAACCUGGCACAGACACGGCGCGAGCUCAGCGCUGCGCUUUAUCAGCACGAUGCAGCUGUGCGAGUGAUCGCGCGGCUGACCCAGGAGCGGGAUGAGGCCCGCGAUGCUCUUUCGAAAUUCUCCGGUGGUGCUGCUCGCUCAGGGGCCGGUGAUGAAGCUAUGCAGGUUGAUUCUACCGGUCUUCCUCAGGCAGUCGUGGAACGAAUUGAAAACACACAGGCUACUCUUUCCAAGGGUCGCCGCAAGCGUGCUAUUCCCAAUGGCUGGGCUACGAGCGACGCCAUCUCUGCAUACAAGACUACUGAUACUUCCGAUUCUCUGUACCCUGGUAGUCGCGCCCUGUCAGUUAACUCUACUGGCGAAUUGGCUCUCAUUGGCGGUGCCGAUGGAGUGGUGGGCGUCUAUUCUCUCACCGAAAAGAGCGUCGUGCAGACUCUGAAGACAGACGGCCCAGUUACUGGAGUCACAUGGGCCGGCGAUAAGGCCGUUGUUGGUUCCUCCACGGGAUCGGUGAAGGUUUUUGAUAACGGCAAUGAGGUUGCAAGUUUCGCUGCUCAUGCCGGUGAGGUAACCGCCGUUACGGUUCACCCGACUGGGGACAUCAUUGCCUCGGUUGGUGUUGAUAAGAGCUAUGUCCUCUACGAUCUGUCCACCAACUCUGUGGUCGCCCAGAUUUUCGCUGAUGCUGCUUUGUUGUCUGCUCACUUCCACCCUGAUGGCCACCUGCUCGCCGCUGGUGCAGCAGAUGGUCACAUUAAGAUCUUUGACUCCAAGACAGGCGCUGUUGCCGCUGACUACAACAUGUCUGGUCCUGUCAAGUGUCUCUUCUUCUCUGAGAAUGGCACCUUCCUGGCGGCCUCUGCCGCUGGAUCCACUACUGUUUCGAUCUGGGAUUUGCGCAGUUCGAAGGAAACCAAGGUGCUGGACACCGGCAGCCAGAUCAACACGAUCUUCUGGGAUUACACUGGACAGUUCCUCUUGACGGGUGGUACUGGUGGAUUGACUGUUCAACAAUUCAUCAAGUCGUCGAAGACCUGGUCAGAGCCGCUCCGUAGCGCGGUUCCUGCAGUGGCGGUGGCCUGGGGAUCUGCGGCUCAGAGCAUUUUGGCCCUGAAUGAAGGGGGUGCGAUUGCAGUUCUAGCGCAAUCAUGA